CCGCUAAUAAGCUUCUAGACACCUCGAGUCCAUGCUGAUCCAACUCCAACCGGGCGUCCCAUCUAUCCGCCCUCUUGCAUCGAGCGAUGGUGUGAGCUGCAAACCGCCUACCUGCCAGUGCGGCCUUCAACUCUCCGAACCAAAGAUGGCAAUGGACGCCCCUCAAGUCAAGCUCUCCGAGCUCCUCCGCAUCCCGGACGACCUCGACAAGAUCACGGCGAUGAAGCAGGAAUUCACCCGCAAGAAGGGCGCCGUGGACGGGCAACUGCGGAGCGGCCUCCGCGAACAGCUGGAAACAACACAGUCGGGAAUGACGGGGCUGACCGAGGGGCAAAAGGCGGUCCAGCAGAUCAAAGAAGAGAUGAUGAAGAUCGACAAGCUGUGCUCGGAGUCGCAGAACAUGAUCAAGGACUUUGCCACCAUCAACCUGGUGUCGCAGGCGCACCGGAACUUUGGCGCGGUCGAGGCGAUGCGGAAGAACCUCGAGACAUUCAACGACAGGCUGGCGGGCGUCGAGAACAUGCUCCGUGCCGACGAGGCGGACCAGGAGAACAUGCCGAACCUGCUUCCAAUACACUACGAGCUGACGCAGCUGCGAAAUAUACGAGACGAUGCCAUCGAGCAAAUACAACGGAGCGGAGAACAGGACCUGCAGUCGACGCUAGAGGAUUAUUUCGAGCGCUUGGAUGGGGCAAUCGACUGGUUUGACGAACACAUCGACCUGAUUGCGCAGAGUCUGAUCAACCUUGUCACUGCCGAGAACAACGGACUGAUCGUGCGAUUCGCCGUAAUUAUGGAGGCAGAGGAAAAGAGCGACCAAAGAGUCCUGGCCUUACAGGAGGCGCUCAAGGACCACAAGGAAAUGGCAACCCGAUUCCAAAGCAUCACCGACGGGGCCAAGACUGUGCGAGGCUACAAGGACAGGUUCAUGAAGGCAGUGAGAACGUAUGCGGAUGCGCAGUUCACGGAGAGCCGCGAGGAGUUCCUCAACGACCCAGAAAAACUAGACAAGAUCAUGAAGUGGUAUUUCAAUGAUCUCAACGCGGUUCGCAUAGGGAUGGUUCCUCUGAUGCCCAAGAAGUGGAAGAUCUUCAAGGCGUACGCAGACAUAUACCACAGCCUGAUGCACGACUUCCUGAUUGGCAUCGUCGACGACCCCGAGAGUAGUUCUGCCAACACACUCGAGGUUAUCAAUUGGCCAGAGAAAUACUACAAGAGGAUGAAGAAACUGGGCUUCAAAGAAGACCAAUUAGUUCCCCACGUCAUCGAUAACAGGGAGGCAGACUUGGUCCGUGACUUCCGUUCGGUGAUUAUAAAGUUCCUGGACGAGUGGGUGGACCGGAUUUUCAAACAAGAGCAGAAGGAUUUCAACAACCGCAAUGUGGAGGGAGCAAACCUGGACGCGGACGAGUAUGGAUACUUCCGUACUAAGAACCUUGUGGAUAUGUGGAGGAUGCUCAGAGAACAGCUUGAUGGCGCCGCAGGCUCUCAGCGAGCAGACGUGGUUGAGGGCGUGGUGGAUGCCAUGUUUCUAAGAUUGCGACAGAGGCAAGAAUCAUGGCAGAAGAUGCUGGAAGCAGAGGCGAUCAGAUUUGAAUCAGGAAAAGAACCCGAGCUUGACGGAUUCCAGACCCUUCACGACUGGCUCGUGGCGACCGCCAACGACCAGAUCGCCUGCAUCGACGAUAACGAGGAGGAGAACCGCUUCGGAUACCUGACCAGCUUCAAGCAGAAGUUUGAGCCCCUGGUCACGCCACAAUACAUGGAACGUGCCGAGAAUGAGGUCGCGGCCCUUCGUGACGGCUAUGUGGAUUUCAGCACAUGGUGUAUCACCAAAUUCGCACGCCUCAUCUUCGCCGUGGACUUCAGGUCCGUGAUGUCAGACUUCUUUACGCCAAAGUGGUACACCGGCCAGGCGAUGAAGCAGAUCAUCUAUACCUUCCAGGACUACGUUGAGGACUACAAGAUGGUGCUUCACCACAGCAUAGUGGACAUAUUCAUCGAGAUCUUCGCAGAUGAGCUCCUCGUCAGAUACCUGUCGUCGGUCAGGAACAAGGGGGCGAAGUUCCGAAGGUCUGACAACUUCAGCGACAAGCUGUUUGAUGACCUGUCUGCGGCAUUUGACUUUUUCGACCAGCUGGAGAGGCCGGAUGUCGGCGAGGUGAUUAAGGGGACCUGGCGAGUAACGGAGAACUUCCUCGAGCUGCUGACACAGCCAAAGGAGGCGAUACCGGACGUCUUUGAGAACUUCAAGCGGUCCCACUGGGAUCUGCAGCUCGGAUGGGUGGAGGCGGUGCUAAGGUCGAGGGACGACUUUGAGAGGAGCAUGCUGAACGCUGUUAAGAGCAGGGCGGCGUCCAUCGUCGUCGACAGGGGUCCUGAGACGAUCAUGGGCAAGAUUAAGUAGAGUCUGGACCGGGGAAUCUCAUAAGGCGCCCUGGUCGUACCGAGCAAUGUUCUGCUUUUCCACGUCACCGUCGUCGAUUCAGGGCGUCCGGCGUUUGCUUUUCCAGCGGUCUGAUUGCUUCUUUGGGUGGGCCAAGGGCAUCUGCCGUGAUUUGGCGUUACGUUGGUUCAACAAGCUGUAGAUUCAGGACCCCUUCUUUGGUUGGAAGCGCGAGUAGCUGGUAGUUAUUGUACGAACCCGUUACGUCGGACGUUGAUAAAGUGUGGCCAACUGAGCACUAUACCUAAUAAUAAUUUCUCG